AUGAGCCCUCCACUCGAGGUCACCGAUUUGGGUGACUGGAAGGUCCUCUACGAUGGCAGACAUCAUGAGCCGACCCAAGGGAGACGAGCCCUCGCGCGCACCCUUUCAAUCCCAAAGUCCAUGUAUAUCUCAUCAGAUCCAAAGCCAGACAUAUCGACCGUCACUGAGAUUGACCCGAAGUUGAAGCUGCCUCGGUUGAGCGAAGACGCUACAGAAAGGGUGUUUCCUGUCCGCUCGGUUGUCUCUUUUGACUCGACACCAUCGUCGGCACUGCAAACGCCUUCCCUGGAUAAAUUAGAGAGCCCUAUUCCUUCUUUCACAGACGCGUUCAGGAAGAGCUCACUCUUCAGUGACAAGCUUACCUCUGGGGAUAUGCAUAAACUUUCGAGGCCCAAUUACCUGGCUCGGAUGCAUGAGCAGAGACACAACAUCACUCCUUUAUCUACUGUGCCAACCCUCAGCCACCCUUUCUUUACCAAUGACAAGGGGGUAUUGGUUUCAUCAAGAGCAACAGCAUCAAGCAGCUCCAGUUCUCGAGGCAAAGAUAGCCCCUCAACUCAGAUACAGAAGACCAUCCACGAGGCUGGUGAAAUCCUGGCUCCCAUUCGACUCACGAAGGGGUUGCAAUUUUCUCAUGAAGACGAUGCCGAGUUGAUCAUCCAGCAAUUUGGUGUAUUGAUGGUCAUCACUCAAUCUGAAGACGGAUUAUUCCCGGUCCAGGUGGCUAGUAGCAACUCUAAUGACAUCCUGGGUAUAUCCGCCGAUGAGUUAUUCGAGCUUAAAUCUUUCUGCGAUAUCUUGUCUGGAUCCCAGAAGGUGGCAUUUUUAUCACAUGUCUCGUUAGUUCUGGAAGACGAGUAUGAUGUUGAGAAGUACGGCCCUGAGAUAUUCUGUCUUCAUCUAUCAACUCUAGAAGGUGGCAUCAGGCCACUCUGGUGUACGAUGCACACCAGCAGAGCAUAUAAAAACUUCAUAAUUUGCGAGAUGGAGUCUGAAAUCAUUAGCAAACCAGGCUUAACAAAUAGUGAAGGCUCUGAAAAACGACACUCGCAGAGGAACGGUUCCAUCACGCAGGCCCUACCUGAGCAGACAUACGCCGAAACCCGCACUCUCGACACGAUCAACAGUUGCAAUGGUUCUACUCCCAAAGCGGACACCAUGGACUCGGAACUUCUCAAUUCCUUGCCGCGUAUCUUGCGUGACAUUGCAAGAUCUCAAGCGCUGGAGACACUACUCCAACAUGUCGCCUCAACACUCCAGAAACUGACACAAUUCGAUCGAAUCACCAUUUACCAUUUCGACGGGGACCAGAACGGUGAAGUUCUUACCGAUAUCAUCAACUCGAACCUGGAUCUAGAUCGCUAUGAAGGGAUCCACUUCCAGGAGUCGACUUUCCCGGAUGAUCUGAAGAAAUGCUACCUGCGAAACACCGUUUCCUUCUCCUAUCGCGAAGGCCCCUAUUCGGCUGGAUUGAUAUACAGAGCGUCGACCAGCAAACUGGCCUUAGACCUGUCACAUUGUUACCUACCAGUAACACCAGUAUCUCCAGAAGACUCAAGCAGUCAUCCAUUACAGGCGUGUAUAUCCAUUGGCGUUUACGUGUUUGGAAAGCUAUGGGGCAUUGUGUCAUGCCAAUCCUACGACGAAGACCGGAGACUUCAUCCGCUGCUCCAGAAAGCGUGUUGGAUCAUGAGCGAUGCUGUCUCCAGUAACGUCGAACGACUAUCAUAUACCCUUUCGUUCCCGCUGCAGAACCAAAGCAUGAUCUCUGAGGGCUACAAUGGCAAAGAGAGCACACGGUCCGCGUCCGGUGAUCUCUUAAGCCUCUUUGGAGCCGACUAUGCAGCUGCUUCUAUCCUGCAAGAAACCAAAAUCCUAGGCAAACCCAAUGAUUCGCAAGAGGUCCUUGCUUUGCUUGAAUACCUUCGGGCAAAGGAUAUCGAUACCGUUCUAUGGUCGACGGAUAUUGCCUCGGACUUUGAAGACCUUGAUUACUCCCCUGGUUUCCGCCAUUUAUCAGGCCUGCUGUAUACUCCAUUAUCGGCCGAUGGUAAAGAUUUCAUUAUUUUUUUCCGAAGCGCACCCGGUUCCAUCCUAGAUUCACCGCAUCCUGUAGGCAUCACCAAGCCGGUCGAGUGGUCUGCCACUGAUUUUGGAAAGGCAUCGAUUUUGUCUUUGCUAUAUCGAACAUUCACGGAUACCUGGCAAGAGAAGGAAGCGGCAAUGCAAAACAACCAACUGAUGAGGCUCCUGCUCGCGAACUCGGCGCACGAGUUCCGAACACCGUUGAAUGCCAUCAUCAACUAUCUUGAGAUUGUUCUGGAUGGCAACCUGGACCAAGAGACGCGGGAGAAUCUAUCUCGGUCCCACUCUGCCUCAAAAUCGCUCGUGUACAUCAUCAACGACCUGUUGGAUCUCAUCAAUGCAGAAAAUGGGCAACGACUCAUCAAGGAUGAGGUAUUCAGCCUAUCAGAGACCCUCUGUGAGUCUACCGAUAUCUUCUGGGAAGAGGCCCGACAAAAGCAUGUGGAUCUGCAAGUAAUUCAACACUCGUCGUUGCCCCCCGUGCUUGGGGACCAACGGCGUGUCCGGCAAGUCAUUACCAAUCUCAUCAGCAAUGCUGUCCAAAAUACCUCGACCGGAGCUGUCACCAUCGAGUCGUGUACACUUUGCGAGCCCUGCGAGCCUGGCUAUACUGCGGUGGAAGUGGCCAUACAUGACACCGGAUCCGGGAUGUCACAAGAAGUCGUCGAGACAUUGUUCUGUGAGCUGGAACAGGUUUCCAACAAAGAUUAUAUGCAGGCUCCAAAGUCAUAUGCGAAGACAGCAAGUUCGCCGAAUCCUGAAACAGACAACGUGCUUGGUCUUGGACUGGCAUUGGUUGCUCGCAUCGUGCGCAAUAUGGAUGGGCAGUUGAGUCUGAAAUCUGAAGAAGGGAAGGGCAGUUGUUUCAAGAUCCGGCUGAAGUUCGAGUUGCCCGCCACGAGUGAUGGAGCUCUUGCAUCUGCACAGACGACCCUUGAUAAGGAUUUAGGAUCGAAAGUUGGGGGGCCCGGGAUGCCGAGACCAGGUGGUCCUCAGGCGUCGUACGACCACAUUGGAACGAAAGAGGAGCUGUGCAAGGAGGCGGACAAUGAAAGCCAGGGAAUCUCCUGCCAAUGUGGAGAUAGAAGUUUCCCUGGGCCCGGACUAGGACAAGAAGAGCGGAAGUUUCUGGACGUUGAUGUGGCGUUGAAGACGGGCGAGUCACGAAACAUCACCAUCCCUGCCCCGCAUCCAACACCAGACAAGAAAACCAAGUCCGACGACGGCUUGGUACAGAAUCUCUUCAACGCCCCGGCACAAGAAGUGCUCUUUGCAUCCGACGAGCCCACGGCGUCGCCUAAGGACUCGAAGCAGGUCCCGCCGGAGAUGGGCUCCAAUACCCGGCUGCGCGUUCUUGUCGCCGAGGAUGAUCCAGUCAACAGCACGAUUCUCAGCAAACGUCUCGAGAAGUUCGGCUACUCGGUCUCUAUGACGGGCAACGGGAAGGAAUGUGCCGCGGUGUAUCGCGCGAACCCUGGCUCCUUCGAUGCCGUCCUUAUGGAUCUCCAAAUGCCCAUCGUGGACGGCUUGGCUGCCACGAAAAUGAUCCGAGAGCAUGAGAACCAGGCAGGCUCGACUCAAACGCGUGUCCCUGUGUUCGCUGUCUCGGCCUCGUUGAUGGAGAAGGACCGCCAGACGUAUGUGGACAGCGGCUUUGACGGCUGGAUUAUGAAGCCGAUUGACUUCCAGCGGGUGCAUGUGCUCCUGGAUGGGGUGAAGUCCCCUAGCUCACGGAAUUCUUCUCUCUAUCGACCCGGUGUAUGGGAGGAAGGGGGUUGGUUCACGGUGUAA